UCACACAAUUCACAAUAUAGUUGUAGGGUUAUUGCUUCAUUGUUUUCCCUUGUGUUGUUCCCACAGUUACAGCCUCUCAUUGGGGGAUAAUACUUUUGGUGCAUAGAGACAUGGAGCUAAUGGGAUGCAGGGGGGGUGGGUUCCUUUGUGCAGCCUCUGUGAUUCACUUGAAGUGGGACGCGUGCAUGUAGAAGUGUGUGUCUCUACAUUGUUGUGUUGGGCUGGUUUGCUCACACGUGCCGCUUCCUGUCGUCUUUGUCCUGCCUCACAGCUCCACAGCCUGCAGGGAGAGGAGAGGAGCUGUCUGCAGCCUUUGCCUCUUCCUCACCCUGCAUCCCUUGCAGCAGUAUCUCCAUCACGCUUUGCAUCGCUGGAGGAGCCUCUAGUCUUUUUUUUUGUUUUUUUUGUUGCAAAAGGCACCAUGACGAGAUUCUCCACCCAGCGACGUGUGCCCACCUGGAGGAGGAGGAGGAGGAUGCUGCCGGGAUGGUGCAUCAUCCUCUGAGCCGUUUGGGCUCCGAGUGCAGCUGCUUUCUCUCGGAUGAUGCGCAGAGGGGAUCUCGGCGCUCAUAUGUUUUUGUGUGAUCCGGAAACCCCCACGUCCCGACAGGAGAUCCAUGCCCCGGUUAUUGCAGCGUUUCCACCACCAUGUCCCCUGCGUCGGCUGCAACGGCCAGUGAAAGCAACUCCGCCACCGCCGGCACCGUCCCCGAAGAGGAGCCGGACAGCCCCCGAGAGGAGCAGCGGCCCCAGAAACAGUCUCUGUCUAAGUCCCUGUGUCAGGAGACCCACUGGAAAUGCCUGCUUCUGUCGCUGCUGAUGUACGGCUGCGUCGGGGUGAUGGCCUGGUGCCAGGUGACCAAGGUCACACGCCUCUCCUUCGACAGCGCUUACAAGGGAAAGUCGAUGAUGUACCACGACAGUCCCUGCUCCAACGGCUACAUCUACAUCCCCCUGGCUUUCUUGGUCAUGCUCUACGUGGUCUACCUGGUGGAGUGCUGGCACUGCUACACCAGGAAUGAGCUGCAGUACAAGGUAGACGUGGACACCGUGACCGAGCGCAUCCAGCGAAUGCAGCAAGCUACGCCCUGCAUCUGGUGGAAGGCCAUCAGCUAUCACUAUAUCAGGAGAACGCGACAGGUGACGCGCUACCGUAACGGAGACGCCUACACCACCACACAGGUGUACCACGAGCGAGUCAACACCCACGUGGCUGAGGCAGAGUUUGACUACGGGAACUGCGGAGUUAAGGACAUCUCGAAGCACCUGCUAGGCCUGGACAGCUUCCCCAUCAUCAGGCUGAGGUUCACAAAGUGCUUUAGCUUUGCCAGCGUGGAGUCAGAGAACUCCUAUCUGACCCAGCGUGCCAGGUUUUUCACAGAGAACGAGGGUCUGGACGACUACAUGGAGGCCCGUGAGGGAAUGCAUCUGAAGAAUGUAGACUUUAAAGAGUAUAUGAUUGCCUUUUCUGACCCUAAUCACCUUCCCUGGUACACAGCUAACUCCACUUUUUGGGUGGCAGCUGCUUUCACCCUCUCCUGGCCUCUGCGGGUGCUGACAGAGUACCGCACUGCCUGUGCACACUACCACGUGGAGAAGCUGUUUGGCUUUGACUUUGUUCCAGUAACACCAUCCGAGGAGCGACCGUAUUGCCGACACAUCCCACGAGUCAACACAAUCGAUAGCACAGAACUGGAGUGGCACAUCCGCUCUAACCAGCAGCUGGUGCCCAGCUACUCGGAGGCCGUUCUCAUGGACCUGGCCCAGCUCUCCGGGAGCUGUAACAGCUACUCCGGCAGCUACAGGCAGAACUGUGAACGCUGCCACCGCACCAUCAGCAGCUCCUCCAUCUUCUCUCGCAGCGCCCUCAGCAUCUGCAACACGGGGAGCCCCCGCAUCCCCUUCAGUGCCAGCCGCUUCUCUCUGGGCCGCCUGUACGGCUCCAGGCGGAGCUGCCUGUGGAGGAGUAGUGGGAGCCUGAAUGAGCAGUCGUGCCCCACAGAGAGCACGCGCUGUCUGUCAGGUCAGCCGACCAGCGAGGAGAACCCUCCAGCCUAUCAGGAUGCUAUGUACUUCCCAGUGCUCAUUGUGCAUCGCAACGAAGGCUGCCUCAACCAUGACCACCACUCCCUGCACAGAAACGGCUCCUGUGUAGAGACUUCGCUAUGACCCACGGCUGCCACGGGCUUCUGAGCAAAGAAUAUAAUGAUGCAGGCUCCGAGCAAGAAACCUCCUAGCCCCCGGGGUUAUGAUGAUGAUGACUUCUGCUUCUUCCUUUUACAUAUUGUCUCAUACAAGUUACUACAAACAAGCAUUUGUUCAAGUUUCAA